AUGGUGGAAGAAGCGAAAUUGGAUUCAAAGUCGAAACCGAUUGUUAAUGAGAAUUUGAGAUUCGGAGAAAGAGCUUUAUCAGCCGGCGGCGCCGCUUUUAUAUCUGCGGUUGUAGUCAAUCCUCUCGAUGUCGUUAAGACAAGGUUACAAGCUCAAGCUGCAGGUGUUCCGUACCAAGGCUUAUGUCGUCUUGGUUGUUUCGAAUCCAAUUCCACGGUGUUACAUGAUGUGAGAGGUAGAAGUAGUUCUCCAGGGGUGUGUCGUAUUACUGGCUCUGCAACCGUGUGUUCAGAUCAUCAACAGUACAAGGGAACACUUGAUGUGUUUAUCAAAAUUAUCCGUCAGGAAGGGUUUUCUAGGCUUUGGAGAGGUACUAACGCUAGUUUAGCCUUGGCUGUUCCAACCGUUGGGAUUUACAUGCCUUGUUAUGACUAUUUCCGCAAUGUAAUGGAGGAUUUCACGGUGGAGAAGUCUCCCUCUUUGACACCUUAUGUCCCACUUGUUGCCGGGACAAUAGCACGCUCCUUGGCUUGUAUCUCUAUUUAUCCUGUUGAGUUGGCUAGGACGCGAAUGCAGGCAUUUAAGGGAACGCAAAGAGGUGUGAAACUUCCUGGCGUUUGGAAGACAUUAGUUGACGCCGUCAAUCCAGUCAAGGGCUCUUCAAGUAAUGGACAAAACUACAGGAUGUUGUGGACUGGUCUUGGUGCUCAACUUGCUCGGGACGUUCCGUUCUCUGCAAUAUGCUGGUCGAUACUUGAGCCCACCCGGAGAAGCAUUCUCUCUUUUAUGGGUGAAGAACCAAGGGCAGGCAGUAUAAUAGGUGCAAACUUCACUGCUGGUUUUGUUGCUGGUGCGGUUGCUGCUGCAGCUACUUGCCCACUUGAUGUUGCAAAGACUCGGCGUCAAAUAGAGAAGGAUAGAGAUAGAGCUAGGAACAUGACCACAAGACAAACCUUGGCUGAGAUUUGGAGGGAUGGAGGAAUGAGAGGGAUGUUUAGUGGAGCAGGGGCUAGAGUUGGAAGGGCAGGACCAUCUGUAGCCAUUGUGGUUUCCUUUUACGAAGUGGUCAAGUAUGGACUCCACCACUUUCACCAACAGUAA